CCACCUGACCUCUCCGUCACGGUAACUCGCUCUCUCAAUUUGAAUACCAGAUCCAAAAUCAAACCCUAAUUUCAUUUCCGCGGCAAUGACUGGACGCGGCAAGGGAGGCAAGGGGUUGGGCAAAGGAGGAGCCAAGAGGCACAGAAAGGUGCUGAGGGACAACAUCCAGGGUAUCACCAAGCCCGCCAUCCGCCGUCUGGCUCGCCGUGGCGGCGUCAAGCGUAUCAGCGGCCUCAUCUACGAGGAGACCCGCGGAGUGCUCAAGAUCUUCUUGGAGAAUGUGAUCCGGGAUGCUGUGACUUACACCGAGCAUGCCCGGAGGAAGACUGUGACGGCGAUGGACGUCGUCUAUGCGCUCAAGAGGCAGGGUAGGACUCUGUACGGGUUCGGGGGUUAGGUUGUUGUGGUAUCGGACUGGGGAUUUCUGUAAAUUGGUCGGUAGAUUUAGUUAACGAAUUUCAGAAAUUUAAUGUUUGUAGUUUGGAUAUUAAUGGAACGUGAAUCUGUUUUCAUUCGAACUUUUGAAUGAAAUUUCUGUUAAUUUUAUCUAUUUUGUUUCUAUUGAAAUUGUAUUUC